AUGGAAUUGGACCCGGGCCCCCGCCCAGUAGGCCGUGCAGUGAAACGCUGGCGGGCGAAGCAGAUUCUACUGGAGAAGCUGUUGCAGGAGGAACAAAUUGGUUUUCGCGUGUUUGUUGGGACCCGUUUUGCUCCAAGCAGGCGCGAAUGUUUUAACCCAAAUUCUUUCAGCGCCCCGGUUUGGCGCGAGCAGAUGCGCAACCAGACGGAGGCAGACUGGGCCGUGAGCCGGCACCUUGCCAGAGGCAACAUUGCAACUCGCAGAACGGUACUUCGCGCAGCUCGCCAACGCAUCAAAGAUGCUAAGCGCGCUCAGAUCGUCACACGAAGAUCCGGUUUUCCCACAACAGAAGCAGGAGCGGCGGCUGAGCAAUUGGUAGCCAACUUUCUAGCACCCAGAAGACGGGCCGUUCCUUCGCCAACAUCCGCAGUUGAGCCCGCCCGUUCGCGGCAGUGGCCCGACACGCGGUGA